UCGAGGUCACGUCUGCCUUCCAGAGCAGCCAGGUCAGGACGGAAGGGUUUCUACCCCUCAGUUCCCGUACUACGAGAUGAUGGGGUGAGGCCAUCGGCUGUGUGCAUAUUACACAAGCAAUCUGGGUUCCUCCUCAUAAACCAGACGUGGGGCAGAGGUUCCCAGGCUCGGGGGUGCAAGGCCUCCCUAGUCUUUCCAGGCUCGGAGCCUCUGUGCCACACCUGCCCUCAAUGCACCCACACCCAAGACCAUGAAGGUCACCGGCCCCUGCUGCUGCUGGCGCAGCUGUGGGUGAAGCCCUGUAAGUGGGGGCUGAGGGUGGAGGAUGGGAAGGAGGCCUGAAGGUGGGAGUGAGACCCUCUCGAUGCUGGGGGCUCCAGAUGCCAGCAGGACCCUGCCCACAAUUCUGAGUAGCCAAGGGCACCUGAGCCUACCUGUGUGCUGCCCAGGCCUGCUGCCUGUGCUGGUGAGAGGGACUGGAACCCACCCUUCAGCCUGGGACCCUGACCUGCACCCUCCCCGCCCCAUCCCGAGUCAGGGCCUUGAGUGCUUCCAGUGCUACAGUGUCUUGGACCCCAGCCUGUGCCACCCGUCUCCGACCCCAUGCAGGCUCAAAGCUGCCCCUCCUCUGUGGUCACUGGCACUACCAAUGGGCAGAAAUUCAGCUACGCUAGCAAGAGCUGUGCCCCCACCCCGUGCCCAGAUUAUGAACCUCACCCAUCCUGUGGUCCAUGGAGGGUCUUACCCCAUAGAAACUGAGGAUGGACUGAUUGACUUGAAGACUGAGAAGCUGGACAUGACCUGCUGUGAAAAGAGCUUCUGUAACAAGGCAGCCACAGCGCGGCGCGGCCUUUGGGGCCUGGCUGUCAGGGAGCUCCUGCUCAGCCUGGGCCUCUUCUUUGGGCCCUGCUGUGAGCCCAGCCCACCCUGGCACUGCCCCUGGUGGGUAAAUAGGAGCGCAGGGCGGUUGCCCUGUGCAGCCCUCAGCUCCUGCCCUGAUGCCCUCGCCUAGCCGCCCAGCAGCCCAGAGACCCCCCUCACCCAGCAGCCUAGAUGCCCACUGGCCCAGAUAGUAAAUGCACGUGUUCAACCCAA